AUGGUGCUGCCGUGCUCGUGCUGCCCGCCAUCGCCGUCCCUGUCGUCGCCCGUCUGCCCCGGGAUGCCCGUCAAGGCGUGGUCGCCCUCGUGGGAGGAGGCGGAGGGUGGCGUGAUCGUCGUCUCUCUCAACCUGCUGUUGUGGGGCGUGCUGUGGGCGCUCUUCGGCCAGGCCGCCGGCCCGCUGUCCGCGCCCUUCUACGUCAUCAUGCUGUCGCUGGCGGGCCACGCCAUCGGCGUGCUGGUGGGAGCGCUGACGCCCUUCCCGCCCAUGUAUGGCAUGCUGCUCAUGCCCGCCAUCGUGUCCAACCUUGGCCUCGACGAGCUGGAGGUGCUGGACCACGUCCGAGGCGAUAUAGCGGCCCUGAUCGUCUUCGCCUCGAUGGGGGUGUUCGUGGCCAGGGCGGGGAUCGACGUCGAGCUGUCGCAACUGCAGAGCUCGUCCGGGCUGGUGCUCGCGCUCGCGUUCCUCCCCCUGCUCUCCGAGGUCGCCGUCGUCACGCUCGUCGCCACCUAUGUCCUCGACAUCUCGCUGCGCUGGGCCUUUCUGCUCGCCACGCUCACCAGCCCCAUGUCCCCCCUGGUGGUGAUGUGGACGGCGCUGCAGCUGCGCCGCGCUGACCUGGGCACGCCGACGGCCGUGUGCUCGCUGCUGCUCGUCGUCUGCGCCUUGGACUGGGCCGCAGGGCUUUGCCUCAUGGGCGUGGCCCUGAAGUGCGCCGUGCAGACAGAGUCCUGGAGCACAAUCGCGUCGGGGCUCACCGAGCUGAUAUCGGGCAUCCUGAUCGGCUCGGUCAUCGGCUUUUUCUCCAUCUACGUUCCAAACGAGCACAAUGUGCACGCCACCUUUUACCGCGUCGAGAUGCUCCUGGCCGUCAACGUGUGCUUCGUGGUCCUGUUUCACUACUUCCUGGGCAUGCCUGCUAUCGGCUACCUGUCCGCCUUCACCACGGCCUGCGUCGCGUCCAACGGCUGGAAGACUCUUUCUAUGGACUCGAAAAAGGCAAGAUAUUCUAAUAGAGAGAUUCCACGCCGUUAUAAACGCCUUUAG